UCCAGCCUCACACUCAUCUUGGACGCUCCAAGAACGCUUUCAGCGCUGGUCUCCGAUUCCCCAAAUUCCAUCCGUAAAAGCUCUUCAAUCUGACGCGUUUCUCGGUUCGUACGGUUGUCAAUCUGGAUUUAUGGAAUCGUGAAUUAUGGAGUGCGGAAUGGUCAGCACUGCUUCGCAGCACCUUUUGCCCAGGAUCAACAUGAAAAGAGAAGAUAAAUUUCAAAUCACUACGGCUGGUUUGAAAGGGAAAAGAUUGAACGAGGCGAAUUUGAUUUCCAUUUGUAGAAAUUCUCCACUUCGUCAUGAACGUUGGAGAGUGUUUUGUGAUCCUAUUAGUUUGGAGGAAGAAUUCUUGGCAGUGCAGUCAAGGAAUUUCUCCACAGAUGAGGUAUCUGAUCCAGAUGAGCCCCCUGCACAGCCACCGAGCAGUGAAGAGUUGAAGGCAUGGCUUGCUAACUCAGAGCGUUCGAAUCUUGCAAAGAAGUUGAGUGAAGCAAAUCAGUACAAUCGGUUUCUGAAGCGCCAGUUACAAGAAAAGGAAGGUGAACUUGUUAAAUUCAAGAGUGAGCUGGCCAUCAUUGAACAUGAAAUUGAGAAUCUUGUUAAUUUGGCAAAAGAAAUUGCUAAUUAUAGUGUUCCAGUUGGCUCAAGAAAGAUCAAAGGAAAAUACAUUCAGUAUCACUUACUCUCACGACUGCAAGUUGUCAGCAAAAAGGUGGAGGAACAGGUCAAGGAUGUGGACAUGGCACAAUUGAAAGAGGUUCCAAUAUCAUGGUCUGGCAUGGCAGAGGGACGUACGAAACUACUACACCAUGAUUCAAUGCAGAGUGUGCAAGUGAUGGGCACAUUCGAUGGCUGGACUCAAGGGGAACAUCUCUCCCCAGAGUAUACUGGAUCUUACAUGACCUUUUCCACAACAUUAAUGCUAAAACCCGGGAGGUAUGAAAUCAAGUUCUUAGUAGACGGGGAGUGGCUGCUGUCACCUGAGUUUCCCUCCGUUGGCGAGGGAUUGAUGCAGAACAAUUUAUUGGUGGUGGAAUAGAUUUUUUUCACCUCCUCUGAUCGACAUGCGGUUUCUCAGCAUCCACGACUUCACACGGCAGGUAUGGCUCUAUUAUUCCUCCUUGUUCUUUGGUAGUGAAAUGGACAAGAUUUUGAAUAAUUUGGUAACGGUAAUUAAUUUUAUUUAGUAUAAGAUAGUAACGACGCAAUGUUAUUAUGUGGUCAGAACUAUGAUAUGAUAGACUGAGGAGUGCUCGGUUCUUAUAUCCUAUAUCUUUUUUUCCCCGAAAUUUUAGAUCUCGCUAAUAAACUGUUUUGGGGAUCUAAUGGGAAAACAAAGAGAUCAAUAAAAAUAAAUCCUAUAUCUUUGAAGGAUGUAGAGACACAUUAUAAUUCUUAUUACACGAUAACUCUUAUCUUUAGUCGUGAAGUAUUUUAUUGUUGUAGGCUUUCCUUAUAUAGAUAGCCCCUUAUUGUGUAAGGAUCAAACAUGUUUGCGGUAUAAUGAUGUUAAGGGUAUGAAUCA